AUGUUGGACGCAGAAGUCAUCAUUGUCGGCGCUGGCCCUUCUAGCAUUGCGCUGUCGCAUACUUUGAAGCACAAACUGGGAUUAAAUGACUUCACCAUAUACGAGAAGAUGGAUGGACCGGGUGGUGUAUGGAGGUCAAACACAUAUCCUGGAGUAGGCUGCGACGUGCCCACAAUCUUGUACUCCUUCUCUUUCAACCUGAAUCCCAACUGGUCUAAGGAGCUAUGUGGAGGCUCGGAGAUCUUACAAUACAUGGAGUCCACCGUGGACAAAUUCGACUUGCGCAAGCACAUGCACUUCCGCAUUGAAUGUAUUUCUGCAAAUUGGAACGAAAAGGGGUUCUGGGAAGUCCACUUCCGAGAUCUUUUAACCAAUCACGAGUACACCAGAACCGCCAAGGUCUUCGUCUCAGCCGUGGGAGGUAUUUCCAAACCCCGAGACACCAAGUUCCCAGGAAUGGAAACCUUCCAGGGUGAGAUCUUCCAUACCGCCCGCUGGAGUCACAGCUAUGACUAUCGAGGCAAGCGGAUGGCCAUCAUAGGCAACGGAUGCAGUGCAGUGCAAGUGGUUCCUGAGGUCGCCAAAGACGUUGCAUUUGUCAAACAGUAUGCCCGCAGCGCGCAGUGGUAUCAUGAGCGUCCGAAUCGGAGUUUCACGGCGUUGGAAAAGUGGUGCUUCCGCUAUAUUCCUCUCCUGGAGCGCUUUAUCAGACUUCGUAUCUUCCUCGCCAGCGAUCGGAUGGUCGCAGCCUACGGGUCCACAGCGGAAGCUGAAAAUCUGCGAGCCAAAGCAGAAGUUCAUGCACGAGACUACAUAUACUCUACGGCGCCUGCGAAAUACCAUCAUUUCCUUGUUCCGGACUUUCCGCUAGGGUGCAAGCGUCGAAUCUUUGAUCCUGAUUAUUUGGAGACUCUUCACAACCCUAAGGUUGAGCUAGCGCCCUAUGGAAUCGAAUCAAUCGACCAGACAGGCAUUACUAGCACCGAUGGUGUGAGAACCGAGUUUGACGUUAUUGUUCUCGCAACAGGCUUUGAGGUCCAACAAUUCCUAGUGCCAAUGGAAGUCUACGGACGAAAUGGGCGCAGUCUCUUCCAGCAAUGGAAGGAGAAUCGAGGAGCCCAAGCUUACAUGGGCACCUAUGUACAUGGAUUCCCAAAUUUUGCAACCUUAUUUGGACCGAAUACCUUUCCAGCCCACAACUCCGUCCUCUUUGCAGCUGAGGUACAGGUCGCCUAUAUCGCCAGAACGUUGAUUGCCCCUUUGAUUGAUCGUCGCAUAUCAACACUGGAGGUGAAACAGACUGUCGAGGACCAGUGGGUGAAUGGUAUCCAUGCCCAGUUGCGAGGAGGAGUCUUCGAGGCUGGAUGUUCAAACUGGUAUAUUAACAGCAACGGUCGGAACUCUGCUUCGUGGCCCGGAUAUGCGUCGACAUUUUGGAAGCAGUCACUGCAGCCGCAGUGGAAUGUCUUUAUCAAGACGCCUCAUUCGCGAUGGUGGGUUCUGCAUCGGCUCAAACGCUUGGUUGUGACGACCAGCCCCCAAGUCUACGCCUUGUUGGGACUCAUUCUUUUGCUCAAUUCGCAGAACACCAUUGUGGCGAAUACAGUGAGCAACGUCCUUGGUGUUGCUAGAUAA